UCUUGCUUCGAUAGGGGAAGACGGUUUAGUUUUUCGACUAGUGAUGUGGGUGUAUUCCGCGGUGUGGAUGUGAAAGUUAAAGUUUCUUGUGUAAACUGUUUAUCGAAAAAAAGAAUGGUUUAAGACAAAAGGUAUUCCUAAUCGAAAUCUGACAACUAUCAGUAGGACAUCGCGAUGUAAAAAUACGAGUUGGCGUAUGAAAAAAGACGGUUGGCUGAGUAGUUGGAUCUGCGACUCUUAUUCUGAGAGCACUUCCAAUUUGUAGUUAAUUGCUGAAGCGUAACUGCCUUGUACGGAGCGCAUCGUUUGUUGUGUGCCAAAUCUACAGCAACAUAAGCUAUCAAUCAGUCAUACCUACAGUCAGUCACUUAAGUAGUUAUAUUCAAUUACUCACGCACCUACAUACAUAUUACAUGGAAAUAUAUCAUAAAUGUAGCACAUCUCAGCAGCAUUGAUGAUAUUCAUAUCGAAAAUUAGCACUUGCUCAUUGUAAUAAAGGAAGGAAAACAAGAAGAGCAACCGCAAGAGCAAAUAAAACACGCAUAUACGCACCAAAGCAUCAAUGUUUUAGUUACCUAGUGGAAAAAAGUGGUUGCUUUACACUUUCUCCGACAAAAAGUUUAAACAAUUUCAACAUAAUCAAAAAUGCACCAAAAACUAACAGCAACAACAACAAGACAAAAAUUAGCUGUGAAAAUGUCAACAGAUUCCAGCAACUCUACACAGCGCCAUAACAUUACCAAUAUACGUUGCCAUAUUUCCUGUUGGAGUACGCUUUUUGUGCUUCUAGCGCUAAGCACUUUUGCCAGCCAAGCUCGAGCAUUCGAUUUGGGCAAUGAAUUGAAUCUCAAGCCUACCAAGUAUGCAGAAUGGACGAAAAAUGUCACGUACGUUAGCUCGACAGUUUAUAAUGCGCGUGGCAUGCAACCACUUUACGAUAUUACACAUAAAAUUAUUUGGUUCUUCACCGGUGAACAUCCACUGCCAGAAGGCUACCUCGUGGUCAAGGAUAAGGAUAUUGAAUUUGGACCAAAAAUUGAACGAAAUGAAUGGAUUGAUUUAAUUAAACACUAUUGGUUAAUAUGGCUAAUUGUUUUGCUCGUUGGACUGCUAAUUGUUACAAUGCCAGUCGUUGGCUUAUGCUUCUGUUGCUGUCGCUGCGCUGGUGCUUGUGGUGGCCGUUCGGAGCCGUUCGACAAGAAACAUGACACCUGCCGCCGUGUGUUCUUGGGUCUUUUGCUCAUAAUAUUGGCAACAGGUUUACUUUUCGGUGUUAUAGUUACAUUUGCAACGAACAGUUAUAUGCAACAAGGUAUUGAGAAUAGCACAAAUCGUGUGCGGGAUGGCAGUAUCGAUACCCGUAAAUUCCUCGAAGCCUCAUCUGAGCAAAUCGAUCAUAUUCUAAUAACAAAUUACAAACAAUUGUCUAUACAGUUGGACAAUAUUUUGCGGGAAACAUCAAAUUUCAUCAUAAAGGAAUUGGAACAGAAAUCCAUGGCAGUUUCGCUCAUUUACCUUACAGACUUUCUUGAAAAACUGCCUCAGCUGAGAUUAAAAUUACAAAAAAUGAAAACCAUUACCAACGAGUUGCGUGUUUAUGCAUCACAAUUGAGUGAUGGCCUGCGUGGUGUUAAGCGUGAUUUGUUGGUUAUGCUUACGAAGUGCAAUAAUAAAGCAUGUCAGGAUGUUCUCAACAAAUAUGAGAUCGGCAAGCUUGACGCUAACGGUAUACACUAUGACCAGCUACCGGAUGUUACAGAAAUUAUCGAUAAUUUGGAUAAUUUGAUAAGUAGGGACAUAGCUUCGGCUGGCAAGCGUGGACGUGAUAUGCUCAAACAAAUGCGCGCACAUCUUAAUACGACUAUAGCCAAGUAUACGCCAAAAGUGAUUGACUCUAUAAAUAAAGCAGGAAAUGCUUUCCAACACGCCUCAAAUGAAAUCAAAAUGGAACUUAACAAACUGUCAUUAGUUAUAAAAGACAAUACUAAGAAGUAUACCGGCGUUGCGGAUGAUUAUUUGGAUGAAUAUGGACCGUAUCGAUUCUAUUUUGGCAUUGCAGUUUGCUCUAUAUUACUACUGAUUUUGGUUUGUAUAGUGGCUGCAUUGUUAUGUGGUAUAUGCGGCAAACGCCCAGACGGCUAUGGAGAUGACUGCUGCAAUAAGGGCUCCGGCUCGCGUUUCUUGAUGAUGGCUGUAGCAUUGAUUUUCCUGUUUAUUUCAUUGGCUGCCUUAGUAGCUUUGGUACAUUUUUUGAUCGGCCUGAUAGCCUAUCGAGGCUUAUGUCUUCCAUUAAAGGACCCUCAAAACGAUGAGAUAUUCGCUCAACUUGACAAUUCUAUCGACUUAAACAAUGUGCUUUAUCCCCCCAAACAGAAGGGCAAACUGACUUCUGGUGGUUUACCGCCCUUACGCAUUUCACAUGUGAUCACCGCUUGUCAGCGCAAUCAAACAAUUUACGAGGUGCUACAUAUUCACAACCGUAUCGAUAUUCAUGAAAUUAAUGAUUACCCAGCACAAUAUAAAAUAAAUCAAACCUUAGAUGAUUUAGUAGAUGGCAUCUCCUUCGAUGAUAGCGACGUAAUGAUACUAAGCCCUGAGGACAAACAACGUAUUUUGAGCCUUAGCGAAUCGGCAUUGAAAAACUUUGAUUCCGCCCAAUAUAUUGACAAUCUUAACGACACAAUAACAAAACAUUCGUUAACUGAAAUUGCUCAAGAGCUCCGCCAAACAGCUAAGAAAAUCGACAGUAGUGACGAUAUGAAAGAUGUACAGGUUAGUCUGCGUAAUCAAGCCUUGCAUUUGGAGACAUACGAACAGAAUUGGGUGAUACCAAUGAAAAAUCAAUCAGUGGAACUUAUUCGAUUGGCGAAUGAUUUGGAUCAUAGCUUACGCUAUAAAGAUCGUCCAUUCCACGAAUCCAUACCGUUGCUGGUCAAUGAGAUUGAACGUGCGCAAACAUUUUUCCGCGUAGAGGGUCGCCAGUUUGUUAAGGCUACAGCUGAGAAUUUGACUCACUAUUUUGCAAGUGAAAUAGAGAAUUAUUUAAAGAUGGUUGUGCAGGCAGUGGAGAAAAAAGUUGGCUUAUGUGCGCCGUUAGCGAACGUCUACGACUCUGGUAUAGUGGCAUUGUGCAAUUCUAUUGUAGAUCCAUUGAACGGUUUCUGGGCUGGUGCCGCAUUAUGUGUUGUGCUCUUUUUGCCAACGUUGAUGGUGGCAGUUAAAUUAGCAAGUUUAUACCAGAAGUCUGAUCCGUAUCCUGGCCCACUAGUUGAAUCGGAGUAUUUGUAUGACGCAUAUAGUGAACGUGAUCACAUUCCAUUGGCAAAUGGACCAAAGAACAAGCGACGAAAGAAUAAAGAUCGACGACGUGGUCGUGAAUACUACGAAGAUCCAGUCGCUUCCACGGCGCAUGGUGUGCCACCAACUGCUGGUGUGCGUGACACUCGUUAUAACGACAUGGCUCCCAAGCAUUGGGAUGGCGGCCCACCGAGAUACCAAAAUCCUCCAAUGGCACCACCUGCAUCCGAGUAUGAACGCCCACCGCCAUAUUAUUAUCCGGGUGCUACGGAGCAAGACUAAGUAAUACAGAUUGAGAUACAUUUUUAAAAUGUGAACAAAAACAGCAAACAGAUAACAGCGCCAUUACAUUAAAAAAAACAGCAAUAACAAUAACUACCAACAAAGUGACGUGACGAUAGACAAUGAGAACGCUUGAGAUGAGGAUAUAUAGUAUGUGAUGUUUAAGUGUGGAAGGGAUAUGCGGGAGGGGUGUGUGGUUGUGUGCGUGCACCAGCAACACUAAUGCGAAUUACUACAACAGCAACGACAACACCAAUGUGUGCAUAUUGCGCAUAUUGCAAGUUAUUUUUAGUGCGAAUUUCUCAAUUGAAUGAUUUUCCUUUUUACAUCUGUGAAAUGCAUGGGAAAUUCCAAUUAAAUUUGGCGGCAUACAAUCACAGCCACAUACCACAUUAGUUUUCUACUUCUCAAAAAUAUAAAGAAUCAAAAAUAUAAAUAAAAAUACAAAUAAAAACGAAGCGCAUCAGCGAAUAACUAUAAAGUAAACAAUUUCUUGGUUGCACAUAAAAAUGUUGGUUUCAAAAACCGAAAAGCAAAUGGUACGGAUAUACAUGCAAAGAUAUAUAAAAAAACAAAUUGAUAUGAAGGAAGAAACAACACACAAAAAACGGAAACAAAAACAAAAACACAGCCAUUAUGCAUUCUUCAUUCCGGCGCUCAGACACAUACAUACAUACAUAUGUGUUGUGUUUAGUAGAUACUCAAAUAAUAUUUCGAUUGUCUCAAGUAUUUUAGUUAGUUUUAUAUUGAAGUGUUAUUCCAAAAACAAUAUACAUAUAUAAAUAUAUAUACGAGUAUAUGUGUAUGUAAAAUGAGACUGUAUUUAUUAGGUUUUGUAAACACUUUUAAUGAGUUGGUGAGUUCUUGUCUCAUUAACUAUAUAUGUAUGUACAUAGGUAUUGAAACUUUCUGUUAACAUCACAUCAUUCAUAUAUUUGAAUUUUUUAAAACAAAAAAGAAAAAAAUAUUGUACUAUUAUAGAUUCAUAAAUUUAAUACAUACAUAUAUCCAUUUUUAAUCUGUAUGUGUACACUAUUCGAUUAAUUGCAAAUGUUUGUUAGAUUUUAAACAUAUAUGAAUAUAUAUAUUUAUGUAUACAUAAAUGUACAAGCGAAUAUAAAAUUAAUUUUCAAUUGUGAAAGCAACCAUUUAUAAUGAAAUGAACGAAUUUUUAAUUUUUAAAACCAAAUGUCUUUUUAUAUUUACAAAUUAAUCAAAUAACGGUUGCCAGAGAUAAUUAUAAGGAGUAAAUUUGGCUUUAAUUUAAAGUUUUUUUUGUUUUGUUUUAAUCUUUUUGGCAUCUUUCAUGCUCACCAAAUGUCGAGCUGAAAGAUGAGUUGUGUAAUUGCAACGAUAUUGUCAUAAAAACCGUAUUAUCUUAAGAAAUGAAGCGAAAAGAAUAUCCUUAGCAAGUUUUUCUAGCAGCCGAGAAGCAAUAAGUUGGCAUCGUAGCAAGUAAAUAUAAAAGUAAGAAUGUUGUAUUUAAAAAUUUUGCUCGUAUAUGAAAAUGGAAAAAUAUACAAAAACAUAAAAAUAUAAAAUUUAACUAAAAAAAAAUAUAUA